AUAUAUAAUAAGUUGUUGCUUCAUUUUCUUGUAGGAUAUAUAUGUGAUACCUCCCGGUGGGGCCCGACAUGUCAUGACGGUUGCCGCGUCGAGACAUCGCACUUUCAGGACAUAUUUACAAGCAGCCUUUUUGACGGAGGGUGGGGAGCAUUAUGGUAAGACUCCCUUUGAUCGUUACACCUUCAUAGAGCCAGAGCAUUGGGAGGAGUUUCAAAUCCAGAUGGGGACUCCGGAAGCUAAGGCUUUGAGCGAGAAGAACAAGGAUAUACAGAAGAAGAAUCCCUAUCUGCACUAUAUGGCCCGGGGUGGAUAUGCCAUGCUUCAGCAUGAGUUGGCUGCUUCUCAAGCCACCGCUUAUGCCGAUAUCGCUGGUUUGUCUACCGAGACGGGUUCUCAGCUCAGACGAGAGGACUCUUGGUUGCGAGGUCACACCCCGGGGAGGCAGACAGAAGUUACGGACCCUGCACUGAUGGAGAUUCGUGAUAGGAUAGUCCAGCUGAAGAAAGAGGUCGUAGCUGGUACCUUUGUGCCAGAUGGGCACAAUGAUGUACUGACUAGAGCGUUAUGGACUGCCGAGCACCCGUGGCAGACGAGGGGUGUUGGGUCAUAUUCGGGCUUACGUAAAGUUUUCAUAGGCAACAUGAAGCCUCGUAAGCCUGAUGGUAACUAUAUGACUGAGGAGGAUCUUUUGCAGCGUCUUCCUUCCCUUCUACACCAGUAUGGACUAUCUGUGUUCGAGGGUGCUCCAGACUUUGCGUCCAUGUCUCAGCACACACCUUAUGUAACACCUCAUUAUGGGCAGCAUAGUAGCAAGGCCUCUACAGAUUUUUUUGACUUCGUCGAUGUCACUGAGGUUGCUGCUUGUUACUUAAAGAUUUCUGAUCCAGCGGAUUACAUAGUGGCACAUGGAUCGAUUUUCCCACGUGCACCUGGAGAUAUGAUGCACGGUGUUCCCCUCCUUCUCCACCAGCAUAUAGAGACUGUGGCCGAUUGCGAAGGGAGCUUCGUUGCAUGGCCAAAACAGUUGGUGGGCCUUGUAGAUCCCUCAGUGCACACGGCUCGACAUGGUGACUUCUCAUCAAGCAAAUCUCAUCCCAUUCUCGGCGUACGCCCCACUGCUCCUAGCUCUCCCAUACAGGAUGUUGUUGACCGGAGCUCAUACGUCUCAUUUGGGCCGAUGUGCAGAGAGUUGUGUCUUGGCGGUUACUUCGGGAACGGCACAUGCCUCAGCUUAAAGCUUGAUCGGAUUGGGUUGAUGUUCUCGGAGUACCCCAACAAGUAGGGAACUUUGAGUGUGGUUAUUAUACCAUGUGAUUUUGUUGGCUCUUCAUCAAUAUGUGUGCACAAUAUUCUGUACCGUUAUCCGAUGUAAGUUUGUUUUAGUGUGUUUUUGAAAGUAAUGAAGUGUUUAUCAUCAUUUUCUUUUUCAUAUAUUAUUAAACUUUAUGUCGUAUU